AUGAAUCCAUUUGUGAGUAAUGGUAAUAAUAAGUUGAGAUUAAAAUUCGAAAAUGCAAAAAAUCUGGAAUUUUCUGGAAUUUAUAGUGAUGAGUCCAAAAUUGGGCCAACUAAAUGGUUUGUUUUUUUUUGUAAGUCUGUGUAUUCCGAUACAAUUUUUUGCAGGAAAAUUAAAAUUCGAAAAGAAAUCACAAAUGAUGAGAAAUAUCUAGCAGUUUACUUAUAUUAUUCUGGAGAUAAUGUGAGCCAGAAAAAUUGGAUUUGUCAGAUGGAUAAAUCAAUUACAUUGAUUAAUCAAAUGGAAAAUGGAAAAGAUGUGAAUUCAACGAAUUCUAGUUGUUAUUCAAACAGUUUUUCUGGUUGGGGAUGGAAUAAAUUGUAUACUUGGAAUGAUUUGAUCACAGAUGGAUAUAUGAAAAAUAGUUCGAUCAUUAUUGAAGUUGAUUUUAGUUUCAAAUAUUAUGAUUUUUCGAAGAAUAUUCCGAAUCUCAAUGAUAUUGUCUUUAUGGUUGAUAAUACUGUAUUUCACACAAGCAAAGCGGUUAGUUUUUUCAAUUUUUUUCUGAAAAAUUCAAAGAAAAAAAUCCAGAUUUUGUGCAUGCAAUCGGAAUACUUUUAUGAUUUAUUUAUCAACAAAAAGUGUAGAGAAACUGUGAUUGAAAUCGGUGAUAUUGAAUUGGAUGAUUUUCGAUAUUUCCUGGCUUCAUUUUAUGCAUUUUUCGAGAGUUGUGAACAAUUUAAUUAUUUCGAACUCAUCAAAUUGGCUGAAAAAUACGAAGUUUCGAGAUUGCAUAAAAAUUGUGAGAAUUAUUUGAUGAAAAAUACAGGAAUAUCGGUGGAAAAGAAAUUGGAAUAUGCGGAAAAGUAUGAUUAUUAUGAUUUAUUGGUUAGUUUUCUUGGAAGAAUUAGAUCAAAAGUAAUUUGUAUUUUUUUUUCAGAAACACUGCAUCCAAUCUUUGGAUGAUGCUCGAAAAAUCAAAAAUCUUCAAAAAACCGAUGAAUUUCAAAAAAUUCAAAGAAUCAACCAAAUAUAUGAUUAUGAAAAGAGUUUUGGAUUUUUUGUUAAAUUUUUUAAAUUUUGUUAA